AUGAAGGCGGGGGCAAGGCGGAGGGAGGCCCGUCGUGCUUUCCCAGGGGUCGGUCCACGGGAGAGGCUGUGGCUGCGGCACGGCGCAGUGCGGCACGGCACGGCGCAGAAUGGUGCUGCAUGGCUCGGUGCAGCGCAGCACGACGGCGGCUCGGAGGCGGCGCCGAGCCCUGCGCGCCCGGGCGCUCUUGCUGCGGCUGCGGCCACCGGGGAGGGCGGCCCCACGCCGGUGCCCCAGCUCCUCCCGGCCGGCACGGCCCCGGGCCCCGCACCGGUGGAGACCGUCGGGCGCGCGCGCAGCGAUGCCCACCCGGCGCCCACCGCCGCCCCCGAUGCAAACCCAACCGUGCCCAGCAGGAAGAAGCCGCCCACGGUGAAGCAAGUCAAUGCAGCGAGGAAGCACCCGAGGCCCAAACCCACGGUGCCGGGGCCGCCCGUGGCCGCCGCGCAGGCCAGCCCGGCACCGCCGGCCUCCCCAGAGGAGCCGCGCACGCCGGCGGGCACCGUGGCCGGGGCGGGUGGCGUGAAGGCAGCUCCGGCUGAGCCACUGCGGGAACACGGCGGCGGGGCCACCGCCAGCGCCGCGGUGCUGCAGAUCUCGCCGUCCCCCCGGGGCGCGGGAGCAAACCUGCCGGCGGAGCCGGCGGUCCCCGGCCGCACCGCCCUCGACGGGACGAGCGGCGCCGAGAGCGGGAUGAAUGGCUCCGCGUGGGACGAGAGCCAGGAGACCACCACAUCCACCAUCGUGACCACCACGGUGACAACCACGGAGCCCGCCCCGGUUCUUUGUAGCAUGAGCUUCUACGAGCCCGAGGGCUUCAUCGACUCCACCGACUACCCGCCGCUGCCGCGCCACAGCUACCUGGAGUGCACCUACAACAUCACCGUCUACACCGGCUACGGCGUCGAGCUCCAGGUCAAGAGCGUGAACCUGUCGGACGGCGAGGUGCUCUCCAUCCGCGGCGCGGACGAGGACGCCCUGGUGGUGCUUGCCAACCAGACGCUGCUGGUGGAGGGCCAGGUGAUUCGCAGCCCCACGAACACCAUCUCCGUCUACUUCCGCACGUUCCCGGACGAGGCGCCGGGCACCUUCCAGCUGCACUACCAGGUGUUCAUGCUGAGCUGCAACUUUCCGCGGAGACCUGACUUCGGCGACGUCACCGUGAUGGAUCUGCACUCGGGUGGCAUCGCUCAUUUUCACUGUCACCUGGGAUAUGAGCUGCAAGGUCCCAAGGUGCUAACGUGCAUCAACGCAUCCAGACCCCACUGGAGCAGCCCAGAACCAAUCUGUUCAGCGCCCUGCGGCGGGACGGUGCACAACGCCACGAUCGGCCGCGUCCUGUCGCCCAGCUACCCCGGGAACCAGACCGGCGGCGUGGCCUGCGUGUGGACCAUCGAGGCCCCCCGGGGCCAGAAGCUCCACCUGCACUUCGAGAAGCUCCUGCUGGACGAGAAGGACAGGAUGGUGGUGUACGGCGGGGACACGAACCGCUCGGCCGUGCUCUACGACUCGCUGCGCGCCGACAGCGUGCCCUUCGAGGGGGUCAUCAGCGACGGCUCCUCCAUCAGGAUCGACUUCGUGGCGCCCGAGCCCGCCGCCGCCACGGCCUUCAACAUCCGCUUCGAAGCCUUCGAGCGGGGCCACUGCUACGAGCCCUACAUUCAGAACGGGAAUUUCACCACCUCCGACCCCACCUACAACCUGGGCACCACCGUGGAGUUCACCUGUGACCCGGGGCACUCCCUGGAGCAGGGCCCCGCCGUCAUCGAGUGCGUCAACAUGCGGGACCCGUACUGGAACGACACCGAGCCGCUGUGCCGAGCCAUGUGCGGCGGGGAGCUGAGCGCCGUGGCCGGGGUGAUCCUGUCCCCCAACUGGCCGGAGCCCUACAUGGAGGGAGAGGACUGCGUCUGGAGGGUCCACGUCGGCGAGGAGAAGCGGCUUUUCCUGGACAUCCAGCUCCUGAACAUCACCAACAGCGACAUCCUCACCAUCUACGACGGGGACGAGCUCACCGCCCGCAUCCUGGGGCAGUUCGUGGGCAGCAGCGGUCCCCAGAAGCUCUAUUCCUCCAGCCCCGACCUGACCAUCCAGUUCCACUCGGACCCGGCCGGGCUCAUCUUCGGGAAGGGGCAAGGAUUCAUCAUGAACUACAUAGAGGUGUCCCGCAAUGACUCCUGCUCGGACCUGCCCGAGAUCCAGAACGGCUGGAAGACCACGUCGCACACGGAGCUGGUGCGAGGGGCCAAGAUCACCUACCAGUGCGACCCGGGCUACGACAUCGUGGGCAGCGACACGCUCACCUGCCAGUGGGACCUCAGCUGGAGCAGCGACCCUCCCUUCUGCGAAAAGAUUAUGUACUGCACGGACCCGGGGGAAGUGGAGCACUCCACGCGCCUCAUCUCCGACCUGGUGCUGCUGGUGGGCACCACCAUUCAGUACACGUGCAACCCGGGCUUCGUGCUGGAGGGCAGCUCCCUGCUGACCUGCUACAGCCGCGAGACGGGGACGCCCAUCUGGACCUCGCGGCUCCCGCACUGCGUCUCGGAAGAGUCCCUGGCCUGCGAUAACCCAGGACUGCCGGAAAACGGCUACCAAAUCCUCUACAAACGCCUCUACCUGCCAGGAGAGUCCCUGACCUUCAUGUGCUACGAAGGCUUCGAGCUCAUGGGGGAGGUGACCAUCAAGUGCAUCCUGGGGCAGCCGUCCCACUGGAGCGGGCCGCUGCCCAUCUGCAAAGUGAAUCAGGACAGCUUCGAACAUGCUCUGGAAGUAGCAGAAGCCGCUGCAGAGACAUCGCUCGAGGGGGGCAAUAUGGCCUUAGCCAUAUUCAUCCCGGUGCUGAUCAUCUCCUUGCUGCUGGGGGGAGCGUACAUCUAUAUCACGAGGUGCAGGUACAACUCCAGCCUCCGCCUACCCCUCAUGUACUCGCACCCGUACAGCCAGAUCACGGUGGAAACGGAGUUUGACAACCCGAUCUACGAGACAGGGGAAACGCGAGAAUACGAAGUUUCGAUAUAA